GGGCCUGAACCUGGCUGCCGCCUACAGGCCUACGACCACCUCCCCCAAGCCCCCGCCUCCACCCCCUCCCCCAACCACCAGGCCACCCCCUCCCCCGCCCCCUCCAUCGACGCCUGGUUACGUUUACAACAAGCCAUCGCAGCCAUCCACCACGCAGGGAUACGUGUACAACAAGCCCACUCAGCCUCCCACUACAGAGGGAUACUCUUACAAUCCUCCCUCGACGCAGCCACCCCCGAAGGCCCCUGGCUACGAGUACCCCGAGCCCGACCUGUCGCUGGGCCUCGCCGCGGCCAGGCUGGCAACAAGGUCAAGCCCACCACCACGACCACCGAGGAGCCCAGCGAGGGGCUUAGUCUGGACGCCGCCGGCCUCCAGGCACUCCAGGACAAGAACGAGGACGGCCAGUACCACCCCGACGCCGACCACACCCACUGGGACAUCCGCAAGUCCAUCCCCGGCGAGCCCGGCACGGACUACCCCACGCUGGACUCCAUCCCCGAGACCGGCUUCUCCUGCGACGGCCGCGCCGACGGCUACUACGCGGACGUGAGCACGCGCUGCCAGGUGUACCACGUGUGCUCGUCGCAGGCCGUCCCGGUCAAGAACUCCUUCAUGUGCAACAACGGCUCCAUCUUCAACCAGGAGCGCUUCGUGUGCGACUGGUGGCCCAACGUGGACUGCCCCAACUCGGAGCGCUCUUUCGACCUGAACCUGGAGAUUGGAAAGACGCCCAACGCGCAGGGCGGCAGCGCUGACGCGGCCAGGCAGGCGUCGUACUCCGGCAGCAAGGCGGCUUCCUCGAACGCGUACAGCUCCGGCAGCUUCCAAUCGGCGUCCCUGAGCUCCGACUCCAACAUCGUGUCCGCCAACUUCAAGGGCGGCAGCGCGGCCGUGAUCCCUCCCAAGGCCGCUGGCUCCGCCGGCAGCUCCUUCUCCGCUUCGGGCUCGGACUCCGGCAUCGUGUCCACCAGCUUCAACGGUGGCAGCGCGUCCGUCAUCCCGCCCAAGUCCGGCACGUUCGCGGUGGCGCCGUCCUCCAGCAACGGCAUCGACAACGACGACAGCCUGGCGGCCUCGCUGUCGUCAUCGCUGCCGUCGGGGGCCUCCGCGCCCGGGGCCUCCGCGCCCGCCGAGGAGCCGCCGCUGUCGUCCAGCCUCGACGACAACUCGCUGUACCGCCAGAACGCCGCGUCGUCGGCGUCGUCGGCGUCGUCCGAGGGCGCGCUGUCGUACCCGGGGCCGUCCGCCGGCUUCUCGGCCGACAUCGCGACGGCCGGCAUCGACCUGCGCUCCGGCUUCAGCAGCUCGGGCCGCCUCAGCCCCGCCGCCACGUCCUCGCUCAGGGCCUCGUUCGCCAGGAGCGCGAAGCAGGUGAGCGCGGCCGACGAGGCGGUGGUGGCCGCCGGCUCCAGCCAGGCCGCCGUCAGGUUCGGCGAGCGGCUGCCCGGCGCGCGCAGCGGCAACGCCAACAACGCCAACAACGGCCCCGCCAAGGACCUGGAGGCGCCCGGCUCCACCUUCAAGCGGAGACGCUACGUCGUGACGCGCAGACGCCGCGUGCCCGUGCACGAGAAGCGCGCCGAGGCGUAG